AUGCUGGAACAGAGCUCCUGUUCGGUCAGUUCUCAGUCUCUGACGGAUGACCACAAUGCUUUGGAACUACCUGAAUCUCCAGGAGGGACUGGGUGUCCGGCGGCCAGUUUGGAUCCCAGCAUUGGAACGGUGUGUGGUAGCAGCACACCCAGGCACCACAUCCUGCAUCCAUCCCAGACGGACUGUGAGAGCUGGCAGAAGCAUCGCACAGGACUGGCUGGAGGGUCAAGCCUAUAUUCAGAGGCUCAUUCACUCCUGGAGCCCCAGAGUCUGUCCACCAGCUAUGACACCAUUUACCAUCCACCGGUGUCUGGGCUUACUUCCACUCUACACCCAAACCGCCUUGGCCUCUCUCUUGAUGUGGCCUCAGCUUUUGACACUGGGGCUGGGAUGUUGGGGCUGGAUGGAGAUUUGGCAGUCAGUCCGAACAUGAUGAAGAGACGGCGAGGUGGUCUGAUUGAACAGAGAGAUAUUGUAAAAGCUCACCAGGCUCAUAAGAUACAUAGCACACCACAGGCGCGACGCAAAGAGUGGGAAAUGGCCCGUUUCGGAGACGACGUCCCCGGUUUGUUGAGUUCAGGGGAUGGAGGGUCCGAUCGCAACCGGCCCCGCGAUGGAGCGGCCGCGUCUACAGGUGGGAUCUCCCCCGCGUUCAAGCAGACCAAGGCGCAGCGCGCCCGCACCAUGGCGCUGUACAACCCCAUCCCCGUCCGGGAGAACUGCUUCACCGUCAACAGGUCCCUCUUCAUCUUCGGGGAAGACAAUGUGGUCAGGAAGUACGCCAAGAAAAUCACUGAGUGGCCUCCAUUUGAGUACAUGAUCCUCGCCACUAUCAUCGCCAACUGUAUUGUCUUGGCCCUGGAGCAGCAUCUCCCCGGAGAGGACAAAACACCCAUGUCAAAGAGACUGGAGAAGACAGAACCAUACUUUAUAGGGAUGUUCUGUUUUGAGGCGGGGAUAAAGAUCAUUGCCCUUGGCUUUGUGUUUCAUAAAGGCUCCUACCUCAGAAAUGGCUGGAACGUCAUGGACUUCAUCGUAGUCCUCAGUGGGAUCCUGGCUGCAGCAGGGGCACAUAUGAACAUCUCAGUGGACCUGAGGACCCUGAGGGCUGUGCGAGUACUGCGACCCCUCAAACUGGUCUCAGGCAUCCCUAGUCUGCAGAUAGUCCUGAAGUCUAUAAUGAAGGCCAUGGUUCCGCUGCUGCAGAUUGGCCUGCUGCUGUUUUUUGCAAUCCUCAUGUUUGCUAUCAUUGGCCUGGAGUUUUACAGCGGCAAACUGCACAAGACCUGCACAUCAGAGCCUGGAAUACUUGAAAACGAGACGGUGGACUCGUCUGAGUACGAGUUCCCUUGUGGCGUUCGCCAGUGUCCAGCCAAAUACAGCUGCAUUGAGACCUGGAUUGGCCCCAAUGAUGGCAUCACACAAUUCGACAACAUCCUGUUUGCUGUUCUCACUGUCUUCCAGUGCAUCACCAUGGAGGGGUGGACCACUGUACUCUACAAUACCAACGAUGCCUUGGGCCCCAUGUGGAACUGGCUCUACUUCAUCCCUCUAAUCAUUAUCGGCUCAUUCUUCGUCCUCAACCUGGUGCUGGGUGUGCUCUCUGGGGAGUUUGCCAAGGAGAGGGAGAGAGUGGAAAACCGUAGGGCCUUCAUGAAGCUGAGACGCCAGCAGCAGAUUGAGAGAGAGCUCAAUGGUUACCGCGCUUGGAUCGACAGAGCAGAGGAAGUAAUGCUUGCAGAGGAAAAUAAGAACUCCGGACCAUCUGCCCUCGAUGUGCUGAAGCGAGCCACCACCAUCAAGAGGAGAGGCAUGGAUGUGCAUCAGGGACCCCCAGGGGAGGAACAGUACGGUGACAUCUCAUCUGUGGGCAUGCCUGUUAACAGAGUGAGCGUCAGGAGUGCAAAACGAGGUCCAACAGCGUAUUUUCGCCGCAAGGAGCGUAUCCUGCGGAUUUCUAUCCGUCGCGUGGUGAAGACACAGACUUUCUACUGGACGGUCCUUGGCCUUGUAGCUCUCAAUACACUGUGUGUAGCCAUUGUUCACCACAACCAGCCUCUCUGGUUAUCCAACUUCCUCUACUAUGCAGAGUUCCUGUUCCUCGCUCUGUUCCUGACAGAGAUGUUCCUGAAGAUGUACAGCUUGGGUCCACGCCUCUACUUUCAUUCCUCCUUCAACUGCUUUGACUGCAGCGUAAUCGUCGGCAGCAUCUUUGAAGUGCUGUGGGGUUUCUUCAGGCCUGGGACUUCCUUUGGCAUUAGUGUUCUGCGUGCACUCCGUCUACUGAGGAUCUUCAAAAUUACCAAGUACUGGGCUUCUCUGAGAAACUUGGUCAUCUCUCUGAUGAACUCCAUGAAGUCCAUCAUCUCCCUGAUAUUCCUCCUCUUCCUCUUCAUUGUUGUCUUCGCACUCCUUGGCAUGCAGCUAUUUGGCGGCAGGUUCAUCUUUGAGGAGUACACGCCAACAAACUUUGACACCUUCCCUGCAGCUAUCAUGACCGUCUUUCAGAUCCUGACUGGAGAGGACUGGAACGAAGUGAUGUAUAAUGGCAUUCGCUCUCAAGGAGGAGUCAAGUCCGGGAUGUGGUCCUCUAUCUACUUUAUAGUUCUCACUCUUUUUGGAAACUACACGCUGCUGAAUGUGUUCUUGGCUAUUGCUGUGGAUAACCUUGCCAAUGCACAAGAACUUACCAAGGAUGAAGAGGAGGCAGAGGCAGCAUUUAACCAGAAGCAUGCUCUGCAGAAGGCCAAGGAGGUUGGACCGUUAUCCUCCUUCAUGUCUUCAGAUGGAAGCCGGAGGAGGCGGCCCUACCUGUACAGGAAGAGAGCCAUACACCGCAGCCGGCCUACCUACUCCUACUCCCUGGAAGAGGCCCAGGGCAGUAUCAGGGAGGGCCACCCACCUCCACCACUCAAUCCCUCUAACUCUUUCAUGUCCAGGAGAGAGAGGAGAAAGAGGUUGACCAUGUCAGUGUGGGAACAGAGGACCAGCCAGCUGAGAAGACACCGGCAGAUGUCCAGCCGAGAGAUUCUGUUUAACAACCCCAGUGAGGAGAAAGAUGCACAGGGACGUCCACUGUCACAACAUCGUAAAGCCGCGCAGCACACGCCAUCUGGGAGUGUGAAGCUUCUGACGGAUCCCCUGGACUCCCAGCCUCAAGUGCCCUCUAUGUCCGUGGACACGCCCUUAGAUGCAACUUUGCCUGAUAAUGUACCUGAACCAUCGAUUCCAGUGUUGCUGCCAGAGUCACCGAAUGCCACAGCUCCCACUGACUCCGUGUCCAUGGCCCUACCAGAGCCGCCUGAAUCGGAGCCCGUCCCAGAGAGCAAGAGACUGGGCGUUAACCACAAAUCCACCGAGCGACGAAGCCCCAGACUGAACGGUGAACGUCAGCACAGGGCUGUAAAGAAGUUCAGACCUCCAGAUAAUAUUGACACACUGACUCCAGUGAUUGGAGGCCAUGUCAGGGACAGGAAGGCGCUGCGGCACUGUGACCAUCAGAACGGGACCAGAACUCAAGGCUCUUUUCCUGGGAAUGGUGAGCCGUCAGACAGUUGCCCUGUCAUUGGGGACACAGGGAGAAAUCCUGAAAAAGUAGAAGAGGGGGAAGCGGAGCCUGAAAGCAAAGAGGGAGACGUGUCCAAACAAGAGGACAGCAGACAGGGUGAUCAGAGUGAAGGAGGGAACAGUAACCUGAAGGAAAUCCAGCGCCACGGCGACCUUUGUCCUCAGACGCAGGAGGAGCUUCCAGAGCAGUCGGAGCCGUCUGCUUUCACAAACCCAGUGGAAAAGACGGAAGCCAAAGAGCCAGAGCAGGAACAGGACCAGGACCAGGACCAGGACCAGGACCAGGACCAGGAUAAAUCUCAACUUGACUCCAGUGUGAUCAUUGACAUGCCCAACAUGCAGUCGUCUCUUGAGCUCUCCACGAUCACGGUCAACAACAAGGACCUUGAAACCUGUAAGUCAGACAUGGAGGAGACAGAGGAGACAAAGCCUGUCAACACCGUGGCACCUGACAGCAUGUUCAUCUUCAAACCUGACAACCCGGUGCGCCGAGCGUGUCACUAUGUGGUGAACUUCAGGUACUUUGAGAUGUCCAUCCUGUUGGUCAUAGCUGCCAGUAGUAUUGCGCUGGCUGCAGAGGACCCUGUAGCCAGCUCCUCUGACUGGAAUAAGGUUCUUCGCUACUUUGACUAUGUUUUCACUGGAGUUUUCACUUUUGAAAUGAUUAUAAAGAUGAUUGACCAAGGUCUGAUUCUUCACGAUGGCUCCUACUUCAGAGACCUGUGGAACAUCCUGGACUUCAUCGUCGUGGUGGGAGCACUGGUGGCCUUCGCCCUCACCAAUGUGAUGGGAAAUAACAAAGGAAGGGACAUUAAGACCAUCAAAUCUCUGAGGGUGUUGCGUGUACUCCGACCUUUGAAGACCAUCAAAAGGCUGCCGAAACUGAAGGCGGUGUUCGACUGUGUAGUGACGUCUCUUAAGAACGUCUUCAACAUCUUGAUUGUCUACAAACUUUUCAUGUUCAUCUUUGCCGUCAUCGCUGUGCAACUCUUUAAGGGGAAGUUUUUCUACUGUACUGACAGUUCAAAGGACACACAGAAAGAUUGCCAGGGUUACUACAUUGAUUACGGGAAGGAUAAGAAAGAGGUAAAGAAAAGAGACUGGAAGAGGCACGAGUUUCAUUACGACAACGUCAUCUGGGCUUUGCUAACGCUGUUCACGGUCUCCACUGGAGAGGGAUGGCCUCAGGUCCUGCAGCACUCCGUGGAUGUGACAGAAGAGGACAGAGGUCCAAGCCACGGCAACAGGAUGGAGAUGUCAAUCUUCUAUGUCAUCUAUUUUGUCGUCUUUCCUUUCUUCUUUGUCAAUAUUUUUGUGGCUCUCAUCAUCAUCACCUUCCAGGAGCAGGGGGACAAGAUGAUGGAGGAGUGCAGUCUAGAGAAAAACGAGAGAGCGUGCAUAGACUUUGCCAUCGGUGCAAAGCCCCUGACCCGGUACAUGCCGCAGAACCGACACACGUUCCAGUACCGUUUGUGGCAUUUUGUGGUCUCGCCUUCGUUUGAGUACACCGUCCUGGCCAUGAUUGCUCUCAAUACUAUAGUGCUGAUGAUGAAGUAUUACUCUGCGCCGCCAGCAUAUGAUGCCGUAUUGAAGCACUUGAACACAGCUUUCACUGUGCUCUUCUCUGUUGAGUGUGUGCUCAAGAUCCUGGCCUUUGGCUUUCUGAACUACUUUCGAGACACUUGGAAUAUUUUUGACUUCAUCACUGUCUUGGGCAGCAUUACUGAGAUUGUGGUAGACUUGCAGAAAAUUGAUGCGUUCAACAUGAGUUUCUUGAAGCUGUUCCGAGCUGCUCGUCUGAUCAAACUGCUGAGACAAGGCUACACCAUCCGCAUCCUCCUGUGGACCUUCGUUCAGUCAUUCAAGGCGUUGCCCUAUGUGUGCCUGCUCAUCGCCAUGCUCUUCUUUAUCUAUGCCAUCAUUGGCAUGCAGGUGUUUGGGAACAUUAAAUUGAAUGAGGAGACCCACAUCAACCAACACAACAACUUCAAAAGCUUCUCUGGUGCUCUGAUGCUGCUGUUCAGGAGUGCCACCGGGGAAUCGUGGCAGGAGAUCAUGUUGUCGUGUCUGGGAGGACAGCAGUGUGAAACCGACCCAUCUCUCGUGUCAGAAGUAGGGACUACUGACGGAAAGGAGGGCUGUGGCUCCGAAUUUGCCUAUUUUUACUUUGUGUCCUUCAUCUUUUUUAGCUCCUUCUUGAUGCUGAACCUGUUUGUGGCUGUGAUCAUGGAUAACUUUGAAUAUCUUACAAGAGACUCGUCCAUCCUGGGUCCGCACCACCUGGAUGAAUUUGUCCGAAUCUGGGGAGAGUAUGAUCGCGCUGCCAGUGGCCGCAUCCAUUACACUGACAUGUAUGAGAUGUUGACCAACAUGUCGCCACCUCUAGGCCUGGGCAAGAAAUGCCCCUCCAAGGUGGCAUAUAAGAGACUUGUCCUGAUGAACAUGCCAGUCGAUGAUGACAUGACCGUCCACUUCACAUCCACCCUCAUGGCCCUCAUCCGCACAGCCCUCGAGGUCAAGAUAGCGAGAGGAGGAGAAGACAGAAAUCAGAUGGAUUUGGAUCUGCAGAAGGAGAUUGGUCUUAUCUGGCCUCACCUUUCUCAUAAGACCCUGGACCUACUGGUUCCCAUUCACAAAGCCAGUGACAUGACCAUAGGGAAGAUCUAUGCUGCUAUGAUGAUCAUGGAUUAUUAUAAGCAAAGCAAAGCAAAGAAGCUGCGACAGCAGCUGGAAGAACAGAAACACGCUCCCAUGUUCCAGCGUAUGGAUGCGUCCUCUCUUCCUCAAGAAAUCCUAUGCAAUGCCAAAUCCUUGUCAUUCCUCAGGCACAGUGCUGGAUCUGCUCUCACCAGGGGGGGGUUUGUGGCACUCAGCCCCAUUUCCCCUCAGGAGAUGUUCCUGCAGCCACUGUCUCGCUCCAGGGAGGAGAAAGAGGCAGAGGAUGACGAAGACUACCGCUCACCUUACAACCCUUACCAUCAUCCCCAUCCCCACCACCAGCAGCAUCAUUUACACACACUGGUGCCAGAGGUAGUGGAGUACAAACAACUGAUGCAGCAGACCAGGCAGGGCCCAGCACUUAUUAAAUCACCUCAGCGCACUGCAUCCAUCAGAGCAUCUUCUAUGCCCCGACUUGCUGUUGAUCCACAGCCUGGGAUGUCAGCAGAGAGUCAGCUGAUGAAGCGCUCCUUCUCCACCAUCGGAGAUCAGUGUGUGAAUGGCCUCUGGCAGGAGCAACACUCUCUGGAGAGAAUCAGUCCCGAUGACACAUUCAGACCCCGGCAGAGGAGUUACAGAGGCCCAAAAAUCAACCCAAGAGAGACGAGUCAUGAGAGAGGACGAUCGAAGGAACGACGCCACCUGCUGUCUCCCGACGUGUCCCGCUGCAACUCUGAGGAGCGAAGCAGGGAGCCUUCCUGUGAGAGGAGACGGUCCCGUUCACCAAGCGAAGGACGCACACAUACCUCGCACAAACAGGUGAACACAUUAGGCAGUCCCGCCACCUCUGCUUCGGAGUCCGGUACUCCUCGCAAUCGGCGACAACUGCCCCAGACGCCCUCUCGCCCGCGGCCUUACAUCUCUUAUUCUCCUCUGGUCUGCCGAGCUCCCACCUCUCCUACUGCUGCAGCCUCUUCUGAGGAACAGAUCCAGACUCAAGAGGGGCCUAGUGGCCCCGCUGAGACCUCGUGGAGGACUGACAAUGACAGCAGACCCCUGUCUGCAGGUCAGGGCUCAUCUGGAGGCCACACCUCAGCACCGAGCCACCCAUCUCCUCACCGCUACAUAUCAGAGCCCUACCUCCCAUUCCACAAGGAACUCGGCAGUGGCGGCGAAGGUGAGAGGCAGGAGACCCUCACCUUCGAGACCGCCGUGGCCACCAGCCUAGGACGUGCCAACGCCAUCAGCUCCGCCCCUCAGCUCAGACACUCCUGGCAGGUUCCUAACGGACAUUUCCGGAAGCACUUGGUCCAGGCGAGUCCAGGCGACGGCAGCGAGCUGCUAAGUGACACAGAUGAGGAUGACCGUUGCUAAAAAAGUAGAGGCUUCACAGAGCAAUUAGGCACCUCAGAACAUCUUUUGUGGGACCACAAUGCUUUUGCUCCUCCGUUGGUGAGAGAAUCUGAUGUUCUCAGCACCAGUAGCAUUAACGGCAAGACUGAGCAACACCACGUUUUAUCUGGACACUUGAGUUUGUGUACACAUGUCAUUAUUUCUGUUUGUGUGUGUAGUUGGAGGGAAACUGUAUAUGUGGACUUACGAAUGAGUGUGCUCCUAUCAAGGAAUAUUUAAAAUAAAGAGAAAAGCAGAGACUGACCAUACCGAGAGUAGCUCUCUGCAGGCAAACCCAUUAAGUUAGUGUUUUGAUUGUUAAUGAACAAAUUAUGGUAAGAUAUUGAUCCAUGGUUUCCAAAUCUUCUGAGUGUUUCCCAGAAACCAACUAAGUGCAUUUCGUAUAAGUGAAGAUAGAGGUAGCAUGUAAACGUUUAAUAAGAUGAAUGUAUUUGUUUUAUGUUCAUGUUAACUGAGAAGAUUGCUGUUAGUAUUUGCCGUGCAUAGUUGUGGGGGUAGAAAUGAUGCCAGCUUGUGUAAGAGGCGGCCAAUUGUUCCCAAGACUUCCUGUUUACAAGAAUAUACAUGAGAUUUAUGGGCAUUAAACAGUUGCUAAACAAUAAUACUCAUUACAGGAAAUCAGCCUUCGGUCUUUGAGUGAGCAGCCUGGGUAUAUUUAUCGGGUUAAAAUGUGAAAACAAUGACGGUGUGCAUUAAACUGGAGGACAGUGUUGUGGAUUUAGAAGAGAUGACAGAUGGUCAUGAUGAUAUAUUGUAAUGUAUUUUUUCAAAUUUUCUAAAAGGGAUGCUUAUCUGUGACCCAAAAUGAAGGUCUGUGAACAUAAAAAAGACUACAGGUGCAGAUAAGCAACAUGACCAGGCCCUUGACCAGAGGCUCUUUGGUCUGCAUCUGCUCCGCUACCCGACUACAUCGGCCUGAGGGGCAUCCAUCUGCAGGAAAAACAGCCUUGAUAUUUGUUGUCAUGUGACGCCAAAUGGAUAUUCAUUCCCUACAUCUCUGUGCUGGAUAGCUACUAUCAGUAUUGUGUCAGAGAGACGACUAAAGCCAUUUCCCUCCUGUACAUAGAACCAGGGAUGAGUCCUCUUCAGGAUGUGUUGCCUUCUUUCCUGUACCAAUGAAAGUGAUGAGAAUUUAAUGACCUUUGUUCAGUACUUGUGAUGCAACAUAAAUGCUUUAACAAAAGAGGAACCACUGGAAAGCUAAUGUUUGUCCCUUUGUAACAGCCACAUAGCUCCAGUCAUUUAUGUUUUUGGUCCAUUUAAGCAAACAAAGUAUUUUCCGUGCUCGGUACUUACAGUAAUUUCCACGUGCAUGAUCAUUGUUGACGGUGAUGAUGAGAGGAUUGUCGCAAAGCUGCCUGAUUAAUUUUUACUGCAUAAUCCAUAAUGUUUGAUUAAUUUUGAUUAAUAAUGUAUUAUUUAUAAAACCGAAGCAGAAGAAAGAUUCCCAGCGUUCACGCUCAAUUUCUUUGAACAUUCCAAAACUUUAAACUAUUUGUUGUUCCCUCUUAAUAGGAUGUAUAUUUAUAUCAUGUGCUGUUGUGUUGUUAUAAUAUGACGAAUAUGUAAUGUGAACAGAGGACAUAUCUGAACUGAGAAACACUGAAAACAAGUAUUUUAGCAACAAAGCCUUUUAAAUGUGUUGGCUACAGGAUUUAUACAAUAAACAGUUUAGGUUAAGGCUUCAGCCUGAAGUAUAUACAGUAUAUCUGAGCGUGCUUAACAUGUACAGUGCAGCUUAGGACUUGAUGUUAAUGUCUGUCUGUACAGAAGAGCCUAAUCUGUGCCUGGGAAAAUUCACCCAAAGAGUUCCCUAUCAAGCCCAGAUUUCUUAGACAGAGAAGCUCUCUGGUAAAUAUGUAGUAUAAACUGUAUAAAAUGCAUCCAUGUUCACUUGAUUCCACUUUUUGUAAUUUACUUUCAUCAUCAUGCCUGUUUUUGACUGUUUACAUAUCUGUUCAGAGGACCAUUAAAAGAGAUCACUUGUC